AUAAUUUCGUAUUAAAUUCAAGCAAACAUAUUUUUGGUUUUGUUUACGAGGCGGAGUGCGAAGCCAAAGACACAGUUGAUUUUUUAUACAGUGGAAAAUAUUUAAUUAUCUUUAUAAUUUUCUAGUGAAAGUUGUUAGAAUGACAGUCUGGGUUGUACCGUUGGAAUCGAACCCUGAGGUUCUGAAUAAAUACAUUUAUGCCCUGGGAGUAUCUAAAAAAUGGAGUAUCGUUGAUGUGUUAAGCCUGGACCCUGAAAUGCUAGAAUGGGUUCCACAACCAGUGCAGGCUGUUAUCCUUCUCUUCCCCUGCUCAGAUGCGAAUGAGGUUCAUCGUAGCCAGGAGAACGCUGAAUUAAAGACCAAUCCCCAGACAAUCCCAAGUGAUUUGUUCUACAUGAAACAGACAGUUCGGAAUGCCUGUGGGACAAUUGCUCUAAUCCACAGCAUUGCUAACAGCCCAGAUGUUGCGUUAGAGGACGGCGGAGUCCUCACGGAAUAUCUCAAGAAAACCCGAGGAAUGACACCAGAGGAGCGUGGUAGAAUUCUUGAGGAAGACAAAGAGUUCAUAAGGAUUCAUGAAGAAGUGGCUCAAGAGGGACAAACUGAAGCUCCGAAUCUCGGAGAGAAGAUUAACCAUCAUUUCGUGGCUUUUGUCAACAAAAAUGAUGAGUUAUUUGAGCUGGAUGGCAGCAAGAAGGAAUUCCCAGUGAAACAUGGACCAACGUCAGCUGAGACUUUUCUUCAGGAUGCUGCUAAGGUAUGCAAGAUCUUCAUGCAGCGCGAUCCUGAGGAGGUUCGCUUCAAUGUCAUUGCCUUAACUGCUACCCAUGAUUGAUUCCGAUAAAUCGAGAGCCAGAAAGUUAAAAAGAUAAAAAAAAAUGAUAGGAUGGCUAAUGCCCUGUGAUAUGAUUUGAUCGUGUCGCUGCUGUUAAAUUUAGUACGUAUUGCUCCCAAAGCCCUACGACCUUAAGUAUGCUGCUCUGUUAGACGCCCUUACACCCCUCACAAAAAAAAAAUUUUUAGAAAUAAAACAGGAAAGAUGUUCGGCCUU